ACCAGACUGUCGGAUUGGGUCGUGCUUUGUUUUGUUCGACCCCUUUAUAAUAUUACCUACAUUACCGAGGCGGCAUGCAUGCAGUCGUGGGGGUUUGCCCUCUACAACCUCGCCUUGAACAGCCUGCGGCCGAAGGCGGGUUUCUACUCGCAGGGGCUAUCUCGCGACUUUCUAUUUGGCCACCAUGAAUCCCCCUUCUCUGUACCGUAAGUCUAUCCAGGCCACGAGGUUAUAGUUAGUUGGUAAUCCCCUCUCCCGCGUUGAUGGGAUGCAGAAGUCUAUAUCUUCACUCCCCUCUCCGGUAGUUGCGCGGGUGUAUCCGCAGCCAUCCCGGCCAGUCGUCAUCCUUCCUUCGCCUGUCGGGAAGGACUCCAAGAAAGCUAACAUAGGUAUAAUCUCUUGGGGAUGUUCUAUCGUUGUCACCCUCCUAACGCGAGUGAAAGGGAGGCCCCCGUUUCGGUGAGAGUGAGCCGGAAGGAGUAGAAUGGCGGGCUAGACGAAUGAAGGGUGGGGGGAGACAGGCUCAGAUAUAUUGCUUCCUCAAGUCAGUCCUGACUUCUCCAGCUCCCGGGAAGUUGAAUAGGAGGGUAGCUGGGGGCGAUGGCCCCACGACUGGCGCUGGUAUUAUAUGGGUACAUAGUCGGCAAUCCUCUGGGAAGGGUGUAUGCAUGGCCGUCCUCUGACUACAGGCUCUGUCGGUGUCGGCUGUGCCGGUUUUGUCAGCCCCAUCACUUCACUUUAGUCCUCCAUAGCCCGCGCAUAGCCUCCAUCAAGAUCUGCCCAUUGUCCCGCUUAGUAGUUGAAUAUGCGUGUCUAAGAGAGCUAGCUCAUCGAAAAGCUGAUGGACGAACCGGCUUCUAGGUUAAACAAGCUGCUUUACCGUUAGUCAGCCAGCCGUGGCUAGGUUACCAAAGUCGUGGUGCUUAAUGGGCGCUAGCGAG